CAAAAACGUCAACAACAACGGGAUCAAAGGCGGGAGAGACGAAGUCUGCCAAAGGUCAUAAUGGUCUGUUUUUAAAGUGAAAAGCGGACAUAUAUUCAGAAUGUCGGCUCAGAAACGAAAGGCCUCAGACACAGAGGAUUCUCCAUCCAGUGAGGAACCAAGACAAAAGUUCCUUCAUAGAGAUGCUAGUCCUUCCAAAGACAAAGAGAGUGAACUCCAAGAGAUAAAGUCCAGAGUGAACCAGAAGCAAGAGGUUCUGCGCAAACUCCAAUUAGUUCGCAUGUAUCGCAACAAGCCAGAGAUGCAAGAUCUCGAUACUGUAACAGCAAAGUGGCUCCAGGUGUGUCAGGAGGCAUUGCAAGAACUGCUCAUCAAGGUCAAAGAGCAGAUGAGCAAUGAGAUGGGGCAGGAGGAACUUACUCUUACACAGCUUGUAAAUAAGUUGGGCCUUGAUCCUGAGCUGCUGAUGUUAGACCCUGUAGAGGAUUGUUUUGUAACCUGAUAAUCUUCUCGCACCUCCCCCUCCCCUCCCCCCCCCCCUUUUUUUCCUUUUCUUUUUCUUGGAAUGAGAAUAAUGUGUCUGGGAUAGUUUUGGGAAAAAUAUGAAUUCUUAUCAAUUUUAAACAUGGUGAGGAAAAAGAGUUUGGAAUAGUCAUGAGAAAAACAUAAUUUGUUAAUCAUGGAUUUCUACAGUGUUUAUUUUCAAACUGUAGCAAUAUCUAUAUUUUUUUCUUAUCUAGUGUACAAACUGUUUGUGAAAAGUGCCUUUAUAUAUUUGUAUAACUAUGUACAUUUGCUUAGCAAUAAGGAAAAAAAUGAUAAGUAAUCAUAAUAGAUUUAUUUUCACCUUUUAUCACAUAUAUUUUUUCUGUCCUCUUCUGUUGACCAAUCUUUAUUGAAGGUAUUUUAUAUUAAUAUUAUGAAAAGGAGAAAACACACUACCGUGUUGAUACUAUGAUGGAAUCCAGGUGGAUUCCGAAACUGUAGUCUCUCUUUUUCAUUAAAUCUAAUCUUAAUAUUAUAAUAUUCAAAUGUGUAUUUUUUACUUUAAAAUGAGGUUCAUGUUUUGACAUAACAAUGCAAUUAAUUAUAAUGAAAGAGUAAACAAUAGUUACCAUUCUCAGAAGAGGUUUUCUAAAAAUAAUGGUAGGAUAAUAAAAUUUUUUUUUUUUUUUUUGCAUGAGGUAAUUUAUGAAUCAAGUUUUUAAAACUCAGAACACAUAGAAGAAAAUAUUGUUCUUAAAAUAUUCACAGAAUUCAGGUUCCAUCUGGAAAGAAGCCAGAAAAACAAUUCUUUGGUUUGAACAAAAAUGCUCAUCAUAAAUGUGUAAGACAAAAGAAGAAAAAAAAGUUCAGUCAAAUUGUUCCCUGACUGAACUCCUACUUUAACCUACUAGAAAUAAAUGUAUAGUUUAAAAUACUACUUCUAAAGACACAACUAACUGUCACAUUACACACUUGUACAACUUACACCUUAACAUCUAUUAUUUGUCUGUGUUUUGUCCUCCCUGUGACAUCAAUUAUGCACAAUUCUAAUGUAAUACUUGUUAUUUGGUACAGGUAUGGGUAUAUAUUGCUGGGAGGAUGAGGUUUUGAAUGAGUGGGGAGGUAUUUAGUGUACAGAUGAAGGUGUGAUUAUGAGUGUGUAUCAGUAUGGAUGGGUAUGGUAUAAAUGGAAGGGACAAUGUAUGUUUCACUUUGAAGGGCAGUGUGGACAUGUCCUAAAGUGCCUCUUCACCCACUGCAGAGUCACCCAGUCCUGACUAUGGCUGCAGAAAAGCAGGAAGACCAUGGCAGGUUACCCAACUGAGGGGCAGGUUACCCAACUGAGGGGCAGGUUACCCAACUGAGGGGCAGGUUACCCAACUGAGGGGCAGGUUACCCAACUGAGGGGCAGGUUACCCAACUGAGGGGCAGGUUACCCAACUGAGGGGCAGGUUACCCAACUCAGGGGCAGGUUACCCAACUCAGGGGCAGGUUACCCAACUCAGGGGCAGGUUACCCAACUCAGGGGCAGGUUACCCAAAUGAGGGGCAGGUUACCCAAAUGAGGGGUAGGUGGAGUGCAUGCAAAAUACACUAGUGUGUUUGAAAUAUGGCCAGUAAAAGAAGAAAAAAGAAACCAAUAGCAACAAUCAAUACAUAACAUAUCUAACAAGAACAUAACAUACAAAACAAUUAGAAUUGUAUAUUGUAACAUCUUUUGGUUCAUAAUGGCACAUGGAUCAACAGAAUCAUAACAGGAUCAAAGUAGUUACAACAUAAUUACUUAAAGAAAUAUCUUCAAUACAAAAUAAUAAUAUACAGAAUACAUCACCAAAACAGGAAUAUAACAUUUCUUCUUAUAGAUAAUUUAAUAUACUUCUUAGUCUGACUGAACUCUAAAAGGUAGCAACAUAAUUCUAAUACAAAACUAUAAUAUAUAAUGGCAAUACACUGGCCUUACAUGGGAACACAUUAUGAUGAAAUAGCACCCUAUAUUUUCCGCUCUGCACUUAGGACCUCUCAAUGUUUUUUCUGGUAAGAAAGGUCACAAUGAUACCAAAUAAUACCAUGUUUCUUCAUUCUUGUUACUUUUUCUUUCUAUUUUUUAUUUUUAUUUAUCAGUGUGAUUCUUUGGUGGUAAACCAUAUUAUUGUCAUUUUAAAACAUCUAAUACUUUACAUAAUAUCUAUUUAUCUUAAUAAAUGCAUAGGUAUUAUUCUUAGCAUUCCAACAGUUACAGAACCGCACCAAAAGUUUAAAUCAAAAUGUAUGUCGACUUUUCCCUGCAAUUAUUAUCCCUCAAACAAACAGAAUAUAAAAAUAAAUUUUCAUUUACACUACAUAUUUUUUGGCUCAAAAUGUGCACCAUGAUACUCACAGCCGUUUCAUUUCUUUUUUCCAUAUAGUAUGAAUCUACGUUAAAUCACCAGACUAAAUUUUUAAAAUAAUUUCCAAAAAUUCUAAUUUCCAUCAUUAAAUGGCAUAUUUCUAUCAAACUUGCAAUAGCUGCAUUAGAAGAACCUGCCUAAAAUGAAUAAAAAAAAAAAAAAAAAAAAA